UUUAAAUACGUCACAGAAUGGAAGAACGAUGGACAGAAAAAAAAAAAAAAAAAAAACAAAGAUGGAAAGCUCAGUUGGGGAAAAAUACUCAAAUCCAUCACAUAUUUGUGCCCUAAAUUUUACUACCUUCAAUUCGAAGCUUAGUGGUAGGGACAACUAUGGCCUGUGGAAAAUACAGAUGCUAGUAUGUCUCCUAGAUAGUCACCAUAUCAAUGGAAAACCAGUAACCCCUCAAACCAGUUUUACAUGCAAAAGAUCAGAUGCUCUUGUCAAAGUUUGGAUAUUUGGUUCUUUAUAUGAACAUGCAGUGUGGCUAUUAAAGGAUCCGAUUAUUGAAGCCACUAGUCAAAAUGCAAAUCAUGGGUCUUUCUUUCCAAAUGCAAUUUGGAGUGCCAACAAAGAUGGUCACAACAUUAUUCAAUAUAAUGUUUACAACCUACUAUAUCAAAUUGUUGGUCAAAAGAGUACUUCUUUACAAAUACAACGUGAACUACAAUGGUUUAAGGAAGUUGAAAAUUUUGCAUGUUCUCUGGAGAUUACAUACGAAAUACCUCAAAUGGUAUUUACAAGAGAACACAAGGAUUUGAUGAUUGAAGGAGAAAAAUGGAUGAAGACCUCAAAUGAUAUUUACAAGAGAACACAAUGACUUGGUGAUUGAAGGAGAAAAAUGGAUGAAAACCACCACACAUGCAUACAUAAUUACUACUACACUAGUCAACAACAUUGUAUUUGCAAUAUCUAGU